GACACACACACACUCACACACCCUGGACAGGACACACACACCCUGGGCCCCAGCCCUGCGAGGCAGCAAUGUUAUCAUGUCCGAUAGCGUUGCUCAUCGCUCCGCAGUUUGUAACCUGCUGCUCCUGAACAAGAGCCUGGCAGCUACAGUGGCUGGAAACAGGUUCAGGUCCUGUGCGGGUCGCAUGGAUGAGUUUGGGUUUUUUACUGAUACUCGAUUGCGAGUCACCUCGGCGGCCCCGCAGCGCCCCCCACUGGCACCGGAAAUGCCUGCAGGAGGGGGGCGUGUCUCGCCGACGUCACUGGGAGCCGGCAGGCGCGCGGGGAAUCCCAGGGCCAUCUGCAGCAGGUAAACAGACGCGGUAAAGCCAGCGCUCGGUUUGGCAGCGAACAUGUCCGUGUUGUUUUUGGCGCAGAAAGCGCAGUCUGCCGGAUAUCACAACUGCAGACAAGAUUUCAGUUUUCCAAAGCACUGAUAUUUGCGACUGUGACGGGUGUCUCCCAAGUUCUUUCAUAUCCCUGGAGACGAUGCAUCCGAAAGGUGGUGCUUCUAAAAACAACGACACAGGACGCGCUGGCUCGGUGUCUCACCCCCCUGGUGUACGGGACGCGGACUCGCUGUAAGCCUGGGUUGACAGUGGACAGUUCGGAGUUCCUGGCUGUCGGCGAAUCUGACGUGUUUCUGAACCCCUGCGGGCUGGGCGGGCGCGCCGGAGAUGUGUCGGUGCUUCCUGGGCUGUCCGAGAGAGUCAAGCCCCCGGCGGGCUGGAUCUGCGCGGAACUUUAAUUGCUCUUUAUAUAUACGCCCCGCCCCCCCCACCUAAACCAGGAAAAAAAGUCGCGCCUCUCCCAUCGCUGUCAGUAGUGUCAGCCCGGCCGGCCUGACCGGAGAGAUGAGGCGGCUGGCGGAUCUCCUGCUGCUCGGCGCCGCGCUGCUGGGCGCCGGGUGCGGGCAGAGACUGUACUCCAGAAAGUGCCGGGACGCCCUGAUGUUCUGGCAUAGAGACUCCGGGAGCUGCCGCUUGUGUGCAGACGAAUAUCCCAUCGCUGCAGGGUUCGAGUUCUCGCCCAACUGUGGCCUCCAGGACGACGGCGGGCGGCUGGACCGUCCGUACCAGGAGUGCGGGGCAGGGACGUUCAACGACGGGAGUCGCGCCCGGUGCCAGCGCUGCACCCUCUGCCCGGCCAGGCAGGGGCUGCGAGGCUGCAGCUCCACGCAGGACGCGCGCUGCUGCGGAGAGGGGGAGUGGGUGGUCGGAGGGAGGUGCCAGCCCGCCUGCUGCCUGUGCCCCAGCGACGCCCGGGCAGAGUCUCGGAGUGACCAGUGCCCACAGCCUCUAUUCUCCUGCCUGCCCAAGGACGGAGAGCAAUGCCAACGCACAGAGGAGGGAAGGCAGACCACCACGACGAGCCCCCCACUGACAGAGACCCCCACCCCCGUGCCCAGCACCGUCCCGGAAACCGCAGGGCCGACGACGAGACGUGCACCUGUGACCCAGGUGAGAGCGGCAAGCCUGCUGUCGCCAGUCCUGCUCGCUUUGUCCGGUUCUGCUGCCCCCUGGAGGCCGAUUCGGUUUGGGUCCAGCCUGGGUAGCAGUGGGCGAAUGCUCUCCCAGAAGUCAUUGCACAGGUCAGGGGUCGCCGCUUGCCAUUGGCUGUGCGUCAGACACCAUGAUUCCUGUUGGGAAGGAAAUAACUGCUUCUGCCGCCCGAAGGCUGGGCCAUGCUCUCUUCUCUCUCUGUGCCCUGCGCCCACAGCUCCCGAGCUGCAGGAGGCACCCUUGCAGGCGGUCCUGGACAACCUGGACGUGCUGGAGGAGCUGAUCAUGCUGCUGGACCCCGAGAGCACCGUGGCCAAGUCGACGCGCCAUGUGGCAGCCCGCUGCUCCUUCCCCGCCACCUGGAUCACCUACACCUACUCCAUGCGCGACAGCAAGAGCCCCCUGCAGGCCGUGCUGGAGGGGGUGGCCGCCAAGUGGCCGGACUGGACCGUGGGGCACCUGGCCCGGCUGCUGUCCGACAUCGGGCGCAACGACGCCGUGGCCGCGCUGGCCAAGCUCCCUCUGCCCCCCUCCCACACGGCCAGCUACCAUCGACCUUUGACCCCUCAGGAUGAGGUUAGGUCAGGGCACAGGGAGUUGUGCUCAUUGUUCCCCUAAGACAGGGGGCUCCAGCCCUUGUCCUCGGGAACCCCAUUAGUCAGUCUUACAAGUCACCCUAAACCACCUAUUCAACAUUCAUUUAAGCAACUGAUCAAUUAAGCAAUUAACAUUGCAAUGACCUGAACACUGGUCCUAGAGGACAGCAGAACUUUUUGUUUUUGUUCCAGCUGAUCUCUAAGUGACUUAACUGAAUGCUUUUUUAAUUGAUCACAGUUAAAUUGGUCCAGCUCUCCAGGGACUGAUAAUUUAAGGGACACUUAUCAAACCUGUUCUGGGGGCUCCCCAGGACCAGGGCUGGAGGUCCCAGCUGUCAAAUCACUUGUUUUCAGGCAGCUGUUAAUUGGAAACAGCCCAUUAACACGUAAGAAUCCAACUUCUGCUGCUGCAGAAACUAACAAC